UACGGGUCAGGACGUCGCUUAGGAAUAUCGCACCCUGAACAUCCAGUCACAUUUAUAUUCAGUGAUGCGUGGUUAGCCCGACAUUUUACUAACUCGCUUUCCACUUGUUCCCGAGACACUGCGCAAGAGCAGACGGCCAUCACUUCAGCAGCAGCAUCAACCUCAGGUAAUUCUCCCAUCCAUCAUCUACGUGGCCGUUCAAUGCCUAAUACUUCAGAAGGUCAAGGAGCAAGUGUAUCUGGGCCAGCUGAACAGGCUGGGCUGCAAAGGCCCGCCGAUGGAGAGGAUGACCGUGGUCUGAUCAGCUCCCUCGCCCGGGACAGUGCAAGAGUGAGGCGGGCUUCAAGCGCUGAGCUCCAGCUGCCGUGGACCUGCCCUGUCACACACUCCCGAGAGAAGUUUUACACCGUCUGCUCUGACUAUGCGCUUCUCAACCAGGCCGCCUCAGUCUACCGUCCCCCAAACACUCCCAGGGAUGUGGCCCCCAGCAAGCAGGAUGAGGGCUCUGCUUUUGUGAAGCCCAAAACCUCCCCUGACCUGACCCCAGGAGGUCAGCCUGGAGGCGCUGAUGUGGUUUCAGAUGGGGAUUGUGAUAUGGAAGAGGUGUCCUGCAGCAAUACAAAGCCUAUUUUGGCCUGGGAGAUUGACACAGCAGACUUUGAUGCUGUCCUUACCAGAAAAAUAAGAACAAGUAAUGUAAAGAAAUUUAGCUCCAAGAAGAUGAAGUCAUCAGACAGACCCAGCCGUAAUCUGCAAGAUCUUCCUCCUCAUGCCUCACUGGAGGAGAUCAAACAGAGGAAAGUCCUAGACCUUAGAAGAUGGUACUGUAUCAGUCGGCCACAGUACAAGACAUCCUGUGGCAUUUCUUCAUUGGUGUCCUGCUGGAACUUCUUGUACAGCACCCUGGGGGCAGGGAGUCUGCCACCCAUCUCUCAGGAGGAGGCACUGCAUAUUCUGGGGUUUCAGCCUCCGUUUGAAGAUAUCAAGUUUGGUCCUUUCACUGGCAAUGCCACUCUUAUGAGAUGGUUCAGGCAAAUCAAUGACAACUUUAGAGUCCGAGGUUGCUCCUACAUUCUGUACAAACCACACGGAAAACAUAAGACAGCAGGAGAAACAGCUGAAGGGGCGUUACUGAAAUUGACACAAGGUUUGAGGGAUGAGUCCAUGGCCUAUAUUUACCACUGCCAGAACCACUACUUCUGCCCAGUGGGCUUUGAAGCUACCCCACUGAAAGCAGCCAAGGCUUAUAGGGGGCCUCUGCCCAUAAAUGAAAUGGAACACUGGAUCCUCAUUGGUGAACCCAGUAGGAAACAUCCAGCUAUUCACUGUAAAAAAUGGUUGGACAUUGUGACUGACCUCAACACACAAAACCCAGAGUACCUGGACAUCCGUCACACAGAGAGGGGUAUUCAGUGCCGCAAAACCAAAAAGGUGGGUGGCAACCUUCACUGCAUCAUGGCCUUCCAGAGGGUGAACUGGCAGAAGCUUGGACCAUGGGCUCUGAAUUUAGAAAAUCUGCGCCAUGACUUCCACCACUCAGGCACAGAGCGGGCCCAUGGGAGUGUAGCAGAGGGCACCGAGGAGAAGGCAUCAGCCAAGCGCCUGGCCCGCAUGGGGCGCUCGCACAGUAUGGGAAGCCAGAAAGACACUGCCUGGAAACGUCUGUCCAACACUACAGAGUACAGACAGAGGAGCUCGCCCGAGAGCGACCUUGAAGAAGAUGUCACAGACUGAGGCGGCACACUGCAGCGCAUUUAUAAUAAGUAUU